GAUAAGAAAAAAAAACAGGAAAAAGGAAGAAAAUGAAAAUAGAAAAGACUGAAAUUGAAAGAAAAAGAAAAGAAAAGGAAAAGAAAAGAAAAAAAUAAUGAAAAUAUACACGUGUCUCACUUUCACAGAAUUUUCAUGGACGGAAGAAAUGAUAGAGAAGAAAAAGAAGAAAAAGCAAACACGUAGAGAAAAUUUGUGAACGUUGGGAAAUGAGAGAGAGAUAAAAUAACACUACAAAGAGAGAAGAAAGAAGGAAUGCAGUGAAGGAAGAUGAAAGAAGAGAGCAGUGAAUGAAAGAAAGCCAGUCAAAGGCCUUGAGUGACUGUCAGCUCUGCGAAUGAAUGAAGUUAACUGUCAGACUGUUUGCUGAGGCUUGCUAGGGAUCAGUCAGUCAGUCAGUCAGUCAGGCAGGCAGGCAGGCAGGCAGUCAGUCAGUCAGUCAGUCAGUCAGUCAGGGAAGUAAUAUGUUUAUUUGUCACUCACUUCAGUAUACUCGCAGAAAAGCAGUAGAUAUUUGUGUCAGUUAGUCAGUCAGUCAGUUAAUUUGUCAGUCGUUGAGCAAUAGAACAGGAGGGUCAGUUAGUCAGUCACUCAGUAAGUCAACCUGUCAUUUGCACAGACAAAAUCAUCAGUCAAACACCCAGUCAGUCAGCCAGCCAGCCAGUCAACCAGUCAGUCAGUCAGUCAGUCAGUCAGUCACUUGUAUAACACUUCCUAAACUGUCAUUCUAGCAGGAAAUCCCUCACUCAAUUAUCCCAAUCUACCACUCACUUAAUCACUCACUCACUCGCUCACUCACUCACUCACUCACUCACUCACUCACUCACUCAUCUCUGCAGGAAGGAAAAGCCGGCAUACUUAAUCAGUUAGUGAAUCAUUGACGUGAUUAGGAGCAUGUGUUCUUGAAUGUGUGUUGGAGUGUACUUGUGUGUUAGUGAGCGUUCGUGAGUCGUGAGUUUUCGUGAUUUUCUGUGACUUCGUGAAUCGUGAGUGUUCGUGAGUCGUGAGUGAGUAGAGUGUUGUGUGAGUGUGUUUGAGUAUUCGUGUGUGUGUGUGUGUGUGUGUGUGUGGGCGCCAUGUCUCUGCUGUCUCUCACCGCCAAGAUGAUGGCCGCCGUGCAGUGUGGCGGCGGCUCCCUCGGAUCCCGUUCAAGAAGGAAGAAAUUUGAUGACAACCAGUGGUGGGAGUUGUUUGAUACCAACACGUCGCGUUUCUACUACUACAAUGCCACCUCACAGAAGACUGUCUGGCACCGACCCCAAAACUGUGACAUCAUUCCCCUGGCUAAGCUGCAGCUCUUCUCCCAGCAGCAGAUCAAGCAGAACACGGAGGUGGCUGAUGAUGACGACGGCAGGAAGGUGGUCAAAGAAUCCAUCGGAACUCAGACCCCUGCUAAACUGCAGAUUCCUUUCACCAUUCCGGCGGGCACCUCGUCCCCCAAACAGCAGCAGCAGCAGGCGCAGCAUUCCUCCCCAGCCCCGCACCACCUUCGCCUCAAGACCAAUGGUUCCCUCCCCCUCUCCACUACCACCACCACCACCUCCUCCACCUCCUCCACCACCACCUCCAUCCCCCCCCAUAAAAACGGUGUCCUCCAGGCUGCCGUACCCAGCAUGGCGUCCACCCCACACCACCCCAAACUGUCCCCAAGUAGUUCCCUGAGUUCAUCCCGGUCAUCCCUGAGUGGAGUGCCCGGCCCCGGCUCCCUCCAACGGUGCCACAGUGCCUUCCUGGGGCGGCGGGGGCCACGGGGUUCCCUGCCAGGGAUAAGCAGCAGCAGUGGGGCGGAAGAAGUGCUAGACUGUGGGGUGGGAGGCGGGGCGGGGCGGCGUGGGGGCCGGCUGAGGUGGUCAGGGCGGGCUGUUCCGCACUCACGGGGUGGCCCUGGCCCGGGGUCAUUGCAGAAGAAGGAACCAUCCGGCCUGACGGAUGGCCUCUCCCUCCCACACUCCCUGGCCAGGAGGGUGACCAGCUCCAACACACAGACUUCCUCGGCACCCUCCCCGCGGCCCGUCAGGCGCCCCUCGGCUCCCACCACUUCUCCCAGCGGCGGCAGCGGCGGCGGCAGUGGAAGUAGAGGUGGCAGCGGCGGCAGCACUCCAGGACAUCACCACCACCACCAUCACCGCCACACUGGAUCGUGUUCCCAUCACCACCAUCACCACCACCACCACCCUGAGGCCACCAACGGGGAAGCGGGGGGACGCAGGAUGCGCCGCAGCUCCCAGUCCUCGCAGGGGUCCUCACUGUCCUACACCCGCCCCUACAAGCAGGUCCCAGAGGCCGUCUCAGCACCAGCCAUUGUCCUCCUGCAGGAGUCAGGUCGUUCCAGUGACAGUUCCAUGUCACAGAGCCGCACUUCCCUGGAGAGCUCCGGCUACCGGCUGCUGGAGUCCCCACGGGGUAGUGCUAGGGAUGCCAAGCUGGCCCUGGCAGGGAACAGCAGGGUGGGCGAGCGCCGCAGCAAGGAAGGAGACCCGGCUUCCUCCCCGCGCUCCCCCGAUUCCAUGUCUUCUCAGUCCUCCCCAACUCAUCCCCAGGGGGCCCCUGGUACCCCCUCCUCCCACCGGCGACCUCACCCCGACAGAAGAGAGCCGGCCUCACGCUACAAGGCAGCACCGCAGCAUGACUUUGCCCUGCUACAGAUGGCCAAGCAGCGAAGCUUUGAUGUCUCCAAUUACCCCAAGCGGUCAGAGCUGAACCUGGACCGGCCGCGUGAAAUAGCCCUCUCCCGUAGCUACAGCUUCAUGUCUCGGCCGCGCUGCCAUGACGAGGAUGGCAUGCACGAGCGCUUUCUGGUGGCCAGCAGCGGCGGCGGCAGUGGGUCCGGUGGCCUGCGUUCGGUGGAGUCCACGCCACAGCCGCGCCGCCGCAACAAGCACGAUGUGGCCGGCAGCCCCGAUUCAUCCCUGGGCUCCCACGGCUACCUCAGCCACAGACAGCGCUCAGACAGUUCCGGCCUGGAGAGUCUGGCCACUCCCAUGAUGCACCGCAAGCAGCGCUCCCUGGAGUCUGGCAAGACCAGGCUGAGGGCAGACCUGCGGCCCAGCAGCAGCGCACACACCAGACUGGUCGCUUCAGAUUCUAGUCCCAGUCCCCCGAGUCCCAAGCACGAGUUCUCCCCAUUCACCUUUGAGUCUCCCAAGGGGCAGGACAGCGGGGCCUCCACGCUCACUGACAAAGACACUCGCUCCAACUACGGGCGGGGCUCAGCGGACAGCUCGCCACACUCCCAGGUGGACUCUGGCCUGGUGUCCGGCACCACCGGCAGCCGCGGCUCCAUCGACAGCAACUCCCGGCGGACGGAGCGGCCGGAUAAGGAGACCAAGCACUCCUCCACCGAGGCCACUGCCAAGGUCUCCCCAAGCCGGCCGGCCAGUGAGCGUGAGGGCCGCCGCUGCAGCCACCGCCGCCACCACCACUGCAGCAAGCACCGCACCGGCAACUCAGCCCCAGCCCCCGGCAGUGGCUGCGGUGCCCCAGCCAGCACCACCACUGCUCCGUCAGGCACCACAGACAGCGACCGCAGCGACACCCUCCAGAGCAGCAGCAGCUCCCAGCACCUGGUGCAGGCCAGCAGCGGCACAAACAGCCACAACCACAACUCAAGCUCAGGCAGCAGCAGCACUGCCAAGCAGGCCUCCCCCAGCAGUAGCAGCAAGCAGGCUAGCCCCAGCACUGCUGGCACAGGCCGGCAGACCAGCCCCUCCACCACCAACACCACCUCCACCACCACCACCACCACCACCACCACCACCACUGCUGCCGCUCCAGGCCGCCAGACCAGUCCACAGCACCACGACCUCACUCACCUCUACUCCAACCUGGAGUAUGUGUAUGAGCAGCCCGUCUACCAGUACAUCAUGGAGCAGGCCAAGCUCACAGGUUACCGGUUUGGUGAUGCCCUGUUUGAGGAUGGCGACUCCCUGCACAGUGAUGACUCCGCCGGCCGCCUUGACGACAGCGACGAGUUUGCUGAUGACGAGGGCAUGUCCAACGCUGACUCCUCCUCACAGGAAUACUUGGAGGAUGUCAACUACCUGGCUGAUGAUGAGAUGUAUUCUGACUUCUACAUGCCGUUCAGCUGGAGGAACAAGACCAAGCUGGAUGAAGAUGACACAGUCGAUGGCACCAAAGAGAGCCAGGCACCCUCGGCAGUCCACAGCGGGCCUGGCAUUACGGCACCCUCCCCACAGGUGGCUCCCAGGACGUCUCUCCCUUGCACCAUCCCCAGCGCUGCCUCCCACGCCCCCAUGCCUCCCAACAGCCUCCCCCUGGACACCCAGCAUGCCUCACUCAGAAGGAAACAGGACGCAAGCAACCACCAGCCUCUCUACUCACCCAUCCUGGAGAAGGGCGAGCUAAGUGGUGGUGGUGGUGGUACUGGUAGUGGUGGAGGACAGCUGGGCAACCGUCCUCUCUCCAUCUCCAUCCCGAAUAUGACUGACCCAACACUCACAACCAACCCUGUGACUGGCUCUCUCCACCGGCCCUCACAGGGGCUGACGGCUCUCUCCCUCAUGAAGAAGCCUCCCUCAGAAUCAGACUUUGAGCGGUACAGCGGCGGUGGCGGUGGCGAGGGGCACAACAUGGAGAAGUAUGCACAAGAGAACCUCAACAUCCACACCCGUGGCCUGUUGAGGAAGAAAGUGCCUGUUGUGGACAUGAUCUCAUGGACAAAGGACCUGAUAAGGAAACCCAUGCUGGCCACCCUCGACAAGUCCCUAAAGAACCAGGCCUGCGACUUGUUCCGGCUGGUUCAGAUCUACAUGAGUGACCGCAAACCCAAACCAGGCAUGACCCUCAACUCAGUAGGCCUGGAUCUGGUGAGCACCUGCUUCAACACAGAGGACCUCAGAGACGAGCUCUUUGUGCAGAUCUGCCGCCAAACCACUGAGAAUCAUAAGAGGGACAGUCUGAGGAGAGGAUGGGAGCUGCUGGCCAUCUGCUUGGCAUUCUUCCCUCCUUCAGACAAAUUCAAUCCUUACUUGGCUGGCUACAUCUCCCGUCACUGCGACCCGGCCUUCUGCUCCAUGUUUCCUGAUGUUUCCAAGUGGCCCAUUCACAUCCAGGUUGCUCACUACGCUGGUGUGUGCAUGAAGCGUCUGGAGCGAACCACAGUCAACGGCAAGCGGCAGCGGCUGAAGAAACCCACGCUGGAGGAGAUUGACCUGGCUCGUCUCCACAUCUUCCGAGCCUCCAUGUUUGGCAGCACCAUUGAGGAGGUCAUGGCACUGCAGAGGGACAGGUACCCCCACCGGCGCUUGCCUUGGGUUCAGACUACACUGUCAGAGGAGGUCCUGAGGCUGCAGGGGACCAACACAGAGGGCAUAUUUAGGGUUCCUGCUGACUUUGAGGAAGUACACCAGUUGAAGCAGGUGGUGGACCAGUGGGAGGUUGGUGACUGUGGUGAAGCCCACGUGUGUGCUGCACUACUCAAGCUGUGGUACCGGGAGCUGUACGAACCCCUCAUCCCCGACUCCCUGUACCAGGCUGCCAUCAACGCCCAUGAGGAUCCCCAGCAGGCAGUGGCCCUCGUCAACAACCUUCCAGAGAUCAACAGGCUUGUGCUCUCCUAUCUCAUCAGGUUCCUACAGUACUUUGCCCAGCCAGAGAUUGUGGCAGCCACCAAGAUGGACGCCAGCAACCUGGCCAUGGUAAUGGCACCCAACUGCUUGCGCUGCACCAGCGACGACCCUCGCAUCAUUUACGAGAACACCCGCAAAGAAAUGGCCUUCAUCCGAACCCUGAUACAAAACUUGGACACAGCCUUCAUGGAGGGAGUGGUCUGAGGCUGGGGGGAGGGCAAGGAGCGGCCUUGCGGGGACAUGAGCAGGUGACGGAGGCAGUGCAGCGGUGUGGCAACGCACACACUCAACACAAGGAGCGGCCAGAGUGUGCUCCUUAAAUAGUGUGUUGGAGCUGCCCAAUGUAUUGGUGCUUUACUUUAUUCUGCCCUUCUGGGUGUAUCUUGUAUUGUAAACACACACACACACACACACACACACACACACACACACACACACACACACACACACACACACACACACACACACACACACAUAAAAACAAAGAAACAUUGUUUUCCCCAUGUAUUUUUAUUCCUUGUCUUUUGGUGUUUGUGGGUUGCUCUACAAGCCAUUAGUGUUGCAGACAGUGUGGCGGCUCCAGUGGUGGCUGCCAGUAGUGGUAGUGGUACUGUAGUUGUAGUAGUAGUGGUAUUGGGCAACCUGUUUCUUUCUCUACAGCAUUUAAAGUUGCAUUUAUUGCUUACAGUUACAGGAAACAUGUACUAUGUGUUGCAUAAUGUUGAUGAGUCUUAGUGCUUUGUUGCUGAAUACUUUAUUUCCAGUCAACAUGUAUACUGUACUAUAUGUCAUUUUUUUUAUUUUUAUACAGUCACUUGUUCCAGAAAUCUUCUUAAGAAUGAUAUUAAGAGUAUCCUUUUUUUCCCAUUUUUUCACUCACAAUUAGGAGAUAACAGUUAUAGUAGAUAUCUAAUUUAAAAGCAACAUUCCAAAGAUUUGCAAAGUUCAACAUUGGGCCAAGUUGCAUUUAUUGUAGGAGCUUAAGGAACCCUCCCUCCCUCCCCUCUCUCCCUCCUUCCCUGAAGGAGCAGGAGUACAUGACAAAACACUUGGAUCCUGCAAGCGGCUUCUGAUAUUCAGAGUGUCAAUGUCUGCAGCGAUCCAGUGAACCGAUCUGCUUCCACAAAGAGGACUUGCAUUGUGUUUGUUCAGACCUAAUCAAAAAUUGUUGAUUAGUCAGUGAAGAGGAAACCUUGUGCAUGGAGCCAUUGCUUGUGGUGUGUUGGUGGGAAGGAACCUAGGUGUGUUGAGGGAAGAAGGAAGACAAAUGGUACUGAGAAGUCCCGCCUGGACACCCCUGUUAUCUAGUCCUCAACUUGUAUAGAACUUUCCUGAACUCUCAUGUGCCAACUCAGACAAAUGAAAAACAGAUCAAAGCUUCUUUGUUUGCAUUUGUUACAGGCACACUAGCUUUUGUUAGGAAACUUUAUAUAUAAUUAAGAUAUUAUUUUUUUAUGCCAUGUUGACCACAGCAUGUAACACACACACACACACACACACACACACACACACACACACACACACACACACACACACACACACACACACACACACACACACACACACACACACACACACUUGUAUGCAUACAGUGCAUUCUUUUCAUCAUGUUCAGAGAGGCUUUCACAUGUAUUUUCUAGAUAUGAAAAUUGUGGAAAGCCACUUGAUUGUAGCAUAAAUGUAUUUUCCUAUACUGCUUUGUUACUUGAGGAUGAGUCAUGAUGUGGCCUUCUUGCCAAGCAGAUGUGUGCUUGCUCUGUGUGCAGUGAGCUUAUUGGACAGUGUUGGGUGCCCCUCCCCUCCUAGAGCAUUGGCCACACCUUCUCUACAUGAUGCUGAACACUCUCAUACUCCCAUCAUUCAUCCAUUCCUCAGCCAUGUGGACUUGCCUUUACCAGCUGCUCUUUGUGUGUGUGUGUGUGUGUGUGUGUGUGUGUGUGUGUGUGUGUGUGUGUGUGUGUGUGUGUGUGUGUGCAUGUGUGUGUAUGAACUUGUUUCUGUACACUCAACACAGAGGUUGCAUUUACCAUUCAGGGAUAAGCAAUGUCUGAGAAAUUAAUAAUUGUAAUUUGUGAGAAUUGAAUGGUGGGAGCUGCUUUUUCCAGUGGUAAUUUUGUGUGGCUUUCUUCAAGAAAGGCAGUCAAGAUCACUGUUUCUCCAGAGCUAUCAAGAAUCUCAGGAAUAGAGCCAGAAUCUUACUGGCACUCAACAAACUACGACCACCCUCGUGUACUGUCUCACGCCCAGGAGACACACAUGCUGCUAGACACUUCUGCUUCUUUGUGUUCUGUAUGUGAGGCAGGUUCCUUUUGACCUCAAUACAUCCCAUGAGAUUAUUCUUUUAUGUAUUGCAAAGAAAUAUUUUUAAAUAUAAUUAAAUCAUUGACUUAGAAGAUUGAAUCUGACUGAAAGUGGAUCGAAGUACGUACCAUCACAGAACAUUUUGUUUCUGGUGGCAAAAGCACAAUCAUUGUAUUUCAAGCCAGAUAUUUUCAUAGCACAACACAGGAUUUCUUCAUUCCCCACCCUCAACAAUUCAAAUGAGAUGCACAACCAUACUAUUGAGGUACUGUGUUUGUGGUCAGGUGUGUUCCUCCCAAGUGUCUCACUGUUCAGUCUUGGCCAUUGUUCUACUAACAGUUUUAAGUACUAUCUUGAUGGAAAAAUGCUGCAAAGUGUUAUACCAUUUUUGCUGGAUGUAGAUGAAAACUGAUAAUCUUCUUUUCUGGUCUGUCAUAAAGAUUGGCAUUGUGGAAUGGCAGAUGCAAGACCAGUGGGUGUCAUGGUUUGUGGUUGUGGCAAGCAGGUGCUGUGGGAGACAGUUUAUGUAUCAUUUUGUCAGCUUAGUGAAGUCUUAAACACCUUGGAAGCAGUUCUGUUGAAUUCACUCUUGGCAAUCUGAGGCUUGAUUUCAGGGUUGUUGUUGUUGUUGUUGUUGUUGCUGUUGUUGACACAUUAAUCACUGACCCAUCAACCCCAUCCACCAAGACUCAAAUUGUAAUACACACUAUUUAUCUUUUAUGUAACAGUGGUAGAUUACUCCACAAAAUAUGAUAGCAUUCUCCAUGACUUACACACAUAGAUACAUGUCAUAUGUAGACUUUCCCCUUGAUGGCAUAUGUUAGUCAGGAUUCCAGACACCAUCCAUAUGGUGAAAACAUGAAGUUAUAUCUCAGAAAGGCUUAGUUGUGAAGUUCCUACUGAAAAGGAACAUGUAGACAAGGGUUGGUUCCUUUGUUAGCUAAUUGAUUAUUACAAGAUCAUCCUACUUGACCAUCACUACACUAGAGUAACUCUGUCACACUAUCAACACCUCCUCAAGGGUGAAUGAAGAGCAGCCACCUUCACAUCCCAAGCAGCAUGUCAUGGUGUCACUACAGGGACACAACCUGAGUGAGGAUGAGGCCCACCAAGGCAUCCCACAAGAACUAUGACUGGAAAAAGUAGAAUUAUUCUGCCUAAAGUUCUUGGUCUGUGCCCAUAAUAUUGAUGAUGAGAAUGAGAAAAUCUUCAGCUCCAUCUUCUAGUCUGAUGAGAUAAGCUGCAUUUUUUUUUUUUUUUUCAGCACAUUGAAAUGUAGUAUAGUCAAUCAGGUUAUUCAUUUGUUACUAUUGCCUGUCAUCUAAGCUGUUUAUUUGAGAAAAGGCUACAUGUAACUAUGAUAUGUGCAUUUAUACCAGAAAUUAGUAAUUUAACUUGGUAGUCAUCAAUUCACCAGUAGUGUCUCACAGAGAGAAGAGAGAUGUGAUGUAUGACAGGAAAGGAAAGGCAGUACAGUAUCUAAUGGCCACUAGAUAACUGUCAUGAAGAGAGGGUAAGCUGGUGUGAGGUGAGGUGAUGGCAAGAUUCGCCACAGCUUGGCAGAAACUGACUUAGCAAGAUGACACCCACUUCAUCCACCUGAUGAGUUAUUGGUUAAGAGAGACAGUGUUGAGUGCACAGGAACUGAACAGCUUCAUUUUCCAGAACCUAGAGAUAGAAAGUAAACUGUUGACUCCAAUUUCUGAGAGUCUUUGCUGCAGUGGAUAGAUAAAGCCAUCACUCGCUGGUUGGCUGCAGUGAGUGGUGGUGGUGAUGGUGUUGGGAAGCUGGACUGAUUCAUAGCUUGUUUCAGGCAGAAUGACUUGAAAUGUCAUUAUACAGGGUACCAGUUUCAUCAGAGGAAUGUUUGGGCAAGAGUUCAGGUUUUGCUUCUUUGGCUGCCAUGUUUGGCUAUGACAAAGAUGUGUACGUACAUUCGUGUUGCCUUUUAUUCUCACCACCCAGCUGUCACUGUGGACACUGUGGACUGUGGUGAGGGAUGCAUGGUGGACAGGGUGGAUCUCAUCGAGGCAUCUCUCUUAGUGCCAUCAAUCCUCAACACACCAGCACAGCCUGCAGCAAUGAGGCUGAGGCUUACUGUAAUGGAUCAGCUCAGACCAAAACUAAAAUAUAAGUAACAGGGAAGAAAGUGGUUAACAGACACACAGGAGAGCAAAAAAAACAAUGACCAUUCCUGGUGAGUCCCUCAACAUAGUGAUAGCAAUAAUAUAUAUAUAUAUAUAUAUAUAUAUAUAUAUAUAUAUAUAUAUAUAUAUAUAUAUAUAUAUAUAUAUAUAUAUAUAUAUAUAUAUAUAUAUAUAUAUAUAUAUAUUAGACCAUGUUUGCCUCAUUUUACAUUGUGUGCCUCAAAGAUUCUGAAAGCACAACAUCUUGUUUUUCAUGAAUAGCUGUAUUGAAUAUCCAUUUUUAAGGCAUUUCAGAAUUUGUUUUGCUUUUGGCUUCAGCACUGGUAGCUAUGCAGCAACUUUUAUUUGGAACUUGUUAAUUAUGGAGUAUUAUAAUUUAAUUUUGAUGCAUUGUACAGAUAUUCUGAUGUAAUAUACAUUGACAUUGUAUAGCUGUGUUUCACAAUGUUGAAAGCAUUUAAAAUAAUUUGUAUAAUGUAUAAAUAUUAAAAGCUGUAUGCUAAUUUUAACUAGAAAA